AUGAGACCCGCUCAGUAUCUCGGAGUUCUGUCCGUCCUAAGCCUCCCAGUAUACGCGGACUGGCAGUUCAGGUCUCGCUCAGACCUUGCUCCUCCUCGGCUGAAUAUCACGAUCCCAGCUACUCAGGAUGUCGAGAAGGGAUAUCUCUUUCUUGCUCCGUUCGCCGGGUUGCCUGACACACCAACCGAACAGCAUGGUCCCAGACAGGCAGGGCCAUACAUCUUCCGGGACGAUGGCGAUCUCGUGUGGUCUGGAUACGGCAUCUACAGUAUUUGGACGACAAAUUUCCAGGCCGGGCGCUGGAAUGGUAAGGACAUCAUCUUCAGCUUUGAAGGAGAUCAUAACCCAGGUUAUGGGCACGGUCAUGGCCAUGUCACAUUCAUGGACUCACAUUACGAGACCAUAAGAGAGCUUCGCGCCGGGAAUCACAAGCUCGUCGACAAACAUGAGUUUCACAUUGUCAAUGAGAAAACUGGCUUGAUACAAGUCUAUCAACCAGUACCCAGAGAUUUGGCUCCUUGGGGAGGCAGCUCCGAGCAGCAAUGGAUUGUGAACGCCAUCAUUCAGGAACUUGAUAUCACAACUGGCGAUCUUCUAUUCGAAUGGUCUAGUCUUGAUCAUAUUUCCCCAGACGAAGCUAUUCUGCCUCUUAACCCUGGACAAGCCGGCUCCGGAUACAACAGCUCAGACGCGUGGGACUAUUUCCACAUCAACAGCGUCGAUAAGGAUGCCGAUGGAAACUAUCUGAUCUCUGCAAGGGACGCAUGUAGCAUCCAUAAGAUUAACGGCACCGACGGAAGCAUUAUCUGGAAACUCAAUGGGAAAGACAGUACCUUCAAAGUCCCCGACAACACAAAGUUCUGCUUUCAGCACCAUGCACGAUGGAUGAAGCAGUCAGCUGACAUAGAAAUUAUAAGCUUCUAUGACAACAGCGCGCAUGGCACUGAGCAUGGCGGAGGUCACGAAGUUCACACGGCGCCAACAAGCAGCGGGAAGAUCGUGAGGCUCAAUACGACUUCGUGGGAAGCUGAACUGGUCCAAGGCUUCUUUCCCCCUGAUGACUUGCUAUCAAAGUCUCAAGGUUCAACCCAGACUCUCCCCAAUGGCAAUGUUUUAGUAGGCUGGGGAUCUGAAGGUGCUGUGACUGAGUUCCUCCCGAACGGAACCGCGAUCUUUCACGCAUAUAUGGAUUCGGGAGACCUGGGUGCUGGGGUUGAAAAUUAUCGCGCGUUCCGAUAUAACUGGACAGGGAUUCCCAACGAAGAGCCUUCCCUCAUAGCUCUUGAGUCCGGCGACAGUACUACGCUCCAUGUCAGCUGGAACGGCGAUACCGAAACGCGCAUCUGGCGAUUCUACGCAACCGACGGGAAAGGUUUCAAGGAGCUCCUAGGUGAGGUUGACCGCAAAAGCUUCGAGACUUCUCUUCGGGUCCCGAGGAAGAAAGUCAAGUUUGCCCUUGCAGAAGCAAUCGGCGAAAAUGGGACGAUCCUCAGGGUGACACGCAGUGCGGCAGCUGAACCAGACUAUGCACCUCUGCGAGGGUCUUUCGGCCUGCCGAACUCCGACCAUAUUGGACGAUACGACGGUCAGAAACCUUUCGCAGUCUAG